UCUCUCUCAACCCUCUUCCUUCAAACCCUUCUCUCUCUCUGUUUCCUCUUGAAGCAAACAAGAAGCUCACACAAAUCAAGCAGCUAAGCUCAGAGGGUUCUUUUUCUUUGACAGAGAAAACCAGCCAACCAACCAUGAUGGUUGAAAGAGAAGAUUUGGGUCUGAGUCUGAGCUUGAGUGCUUUCCCUCACCAGACUCAUCAUCCCAACAACAACAAUAACAACCACACCUUUCAGCUCAAUCUCAUGCCCUCUUUGGUCCCAACUUCAUCUUCUCCUCAUUCUGGGUUCAAUCCCCAAAAGCCCUCUUGGAAUGAUGCCUUGGCUUCUUCAGAUCGGAGCUCGGACACGUGUCGUGGACCGGCCCGGUCCUUUCUCCGGGGCAUCGACGUGAACCGUCUGCCGUCGACAGGCGACUGCGAGGACGUGUCGUCGCCGAACAGCACCGUAUCAAGCGUAAGCGGGAAGCGAAGCGAGAGAGAGGCCAAUGGCGAAGAACUUGACCUCGAAAGAGACGGCUCACGAGGCAUGAGCGACGAAGAGGACGGGGAGACCUCAAGAAAGAAGCUCAGGCUCUCCAAGGACCAGUCGGCCAUUCUCGAAGAGAGCUUCAAGGAGCACAACACCCUCAACCCUAAGCAAAAGCUAGCUUUGGCCAAGCAGCUCGGGCUCAGGCCUAGACAGGUGGAGGUCUGGUUUCAGAACAGAAGGGCAAGGACUAAGCUGAAGCAAACUGAGGUGGACUGUGAGUUCCUAAAGAGGUGCUGCGAGAAUCUGACGGAGGAGAACCGGCGGUUGCAGAAAGAAGUUCAGGAGCUGAGAGCACUGAAACUCUCCCCACAAUUCUACAUGCAGAUGACCCCACCAACCACCCUCACCAUGUGCCCCUCGUGUGAGCGUGUCGCGGUCCCACCCAACUCCACAUCACCCUCCGCCACCGUCGAUCCCCGGGCCCACCACCACCACCACCACCCCAUGGUGCCCGUGCACCAUCCUCGGGCCAUCCCCGUCGCCGGGCCGUGGGCGGCCGCCGCUCCUGUCCUGCAACAACAACGGCAGUUCGAACCCUUCCGCACCGCCCGGCCGUGA